UCCAAUUCCCAAGCUAGGAGCAGCAGCUGCAAGCUGCAUUUCACUGAAAUAGUAAGUGAUCCCGAGUCCUUACAAACUUUAUCAUCUUUGUGGCUGGGGAGCAGGACAUCAAGAUGAACAGCACUGGACCCAGUGUCCCCAUCCUAUUUUUUGUUUGUUUUCUUCUACUCUGCACACUCAUCAGGAAGUGUGAGACUGAAGAAGACCUCAUUGUUACAACCAAGCAAGGAAAAAUCAAAGGAGUACAACUCCCAGUUCUUGGGGGCACGGUGACGGCAUUUCUUGGGAUUCCCUAUGGAGAGCCUCCCAUUGGUCAACUUCGAUUCCGAAAGCCACGUCUACGGAGCAAGUGGUCUCAUGUUUGGAAUGCCACCAAAUAUUCCAAUUCUUGCUAUCAAAACAUUGAUGAUAGUUUCCCUGGAUUUCCAGGAUCUGAGAUGUGGAAUCCAAACACUGAACUUAGUGAAGACUGUUUAUAUCUUAAUGUUUGGGUCCCAACUCCCAAACCAAAAAAUGCUACAGUCAUGGUCUGGAUCUAUGGGGGUGGUUUUCAGUCUGGAACAUCAUCCUUACAUGUUUAUGAUGGCAAGUUUCUGGCUCGUGUUGAAAGAGUAAUUGUGGUUUCAAUGAACUAUAGGUUGGGUGCUCUUGGAUUUUUGGCUUUGCCAGGGAAUCCAGAGGCUCCCGGAAACAUGGGAUUAUUUGAUCAACAAUUAGCUCUUCAGUGGGUCCAAGAAAAUAUUGCAAUUUUUGGUGGGAAUUCUAGAAGUGUAACUCUGUUUGGAGAGAGCGCAGGGGCUGCUUCAGUCAGUUUUCAUCUUCUUUCUCCUAAAAGUCACCCAUUGUUUACAAGAGCCAUUCUCCAAAGCGGAUCUGCUAAUGCCCCAUGGGCAAUAACGCCUCCUUUAGAAGCCAGAAACCAAACGUUAGAUUUAGCAAAAUCUCUCAGUUGUUUUAGAGGAAAUGAGACUGAGAUCAUUAAAUGUCUUCGGAAUAAAAAUCCUCAGGAAAUACUGGGGCAUGUAAAUCCCAGUCUCUCUUCAGGCUCUCUCUUAAAAAGCAAUUUUUGUCCAACUGUGGAUGGUGACUUUCUCACAGACAUGCCAGACAACCUAAUCCAGAGGGGUCAUUUUAAACAAACACAGUUAUUAGUGGGAGUUAACAAAGAUGAAGGGACAUAUUUUUUGGUCUAUGGAGCUCCAGGUUUCAGCAAAGAUAACAACAGUAUGAUAAGUCAAAAGCAAUUCCAAGAAGGGAUAAAAGAGUUUUUCCCAGGAGUGAAUGAACUUGGAGUGGAAGCCAUACAAUUUCACUACACUGGCUGGUCAGAUGAAGAGUAUCCUGAAAAUUUUCGUGAUGUAAUGGAUGAUGUCGUUGGAGAUUAUAAUUUUAUAUGUCCUGCUUUGGAGUUUACCAAAAAGUUCUCUGAACUAGGGGAUAAUACAUUUUUCUACUACUUUGAACAUCGAUCAUCCAAAACUGCUUGGCCUGAAUGGAUGGGAGUCAUGCAUGGUUAUGAAAUUGAAUUUGUUUUUGGCUUACCUCUGGAAAGAAGAGUUAAUUACACCAAAGCAGAGGAAAUUCUGAGCCGCUCCAUUAUGAAGAACUGGGCUAGUUUUGCAAAAUAUGGAAAUCCAAAUGGGACUCAGAACAAUGGAAGUAGAUGGCCAAUCUUUGAUGCCACAGAACAAAAAUAUAUUACCUUGAACACUGAAUCACCAAAAAUACACGCAAAAUUGCGUGCCCAGCAAUGCCGAUUCUGGAAAACAUUUUUCCCCAAAGUUUUGGAAAUGUCAGGAAAUAUUGAUGAAGUUGAGCAUGAAUGGAAAGCAGGAUUCCGUCGCUGGAACAGUUAUAUGAUGGACUGGAGAAAUCAAUUUAAUGAUUACACAAGGAAGAGAGAGAGGUGUGCAGGUCUCUAAUUAAUUGGCCUGGCCUUUUGGAAUGUUCCUUUUCCUGUGGAUCAAGGCAAAUGGGCUGGUAGCUCACUUGUGAGCCUCAAAUGGAAACUUUUCUAUAGCUAAACCCAAAUGCUAAGAGGACUGUAUUGAUUCUUCCCAUUUUUCCUUUGUAUUUUGCCUUUCGUUUCAGGAAACAAACCAUUAGACAAGCCAAACUAAAACAUAAACAUUAAAGCUUCACUAUGAAUUUACAGGCAAAUUUCAACCUUUAGGUGGAUAAAAUUUCUUUACCCAGAAGCCUUUUAAGCUUUUUUUUUUAAACAUCUUUGUAUUCUUUUGACAAAUUCUCCAUCAUGCUAAAAAGCACCAAUUUUAUUUUAAUUAUUUUAUUUUAUUUUUGUCUGUUUCUUGCCUAGGUUGCAGAAGUAGUUCUCUAAGUUUUGGUCCUACUACUGAGUGAAACAGAAACAGUUACUAGGUCUCCUUUUGAUCUGCGUAACUUUAUUCCUCCUUAGGCAGCCAGUUUCCCUCCCUAAAACUCAUGGGCUCAUUAUAUUGAUGAUAGAUUUACAGUGGAUUUUCAAUCAUAUUUAAACCACAGAACUCCAUCUAAUAACCUCUGCUUCCCCAACAGCAAAGACUCUAGGCAUAUACAAUCAUGACCAACUUUUUAUUAGCUCUAUAAAUGUUAUGUCUUAUCUUUCAAGUAUCUGUUUUUGAAGGGAUAAAAGAUGUAGGGGACCUUAAAGAUCAUUUAGGAUAAUGCUUCAUUUUAUAGAUGCUGAACUGAAAACCAGUUGGGUGAAACAGAAAUCCAGAAAGAUGAGCAUAUUUAUCCAAGUUCUCAGGAAUUUUAAAGUAGCAAAGCUGUGAUCCAAAUGUACCAUUCUUUUUAUAAUAGCCUUAUGCCUUGACCUGAUUAAUUUAUAUGGUCAUUUAUUUAAUGUUAACCAAUCAAAAAAAAAAACCUUCCUCCCAAAAUUUCUACUGUCUUUAAGAGAAUGGAACACACAAUCCCCAUAUCAACAAUAAUGCUUAUUGCUUUUAAUAAGUUAUUAAAAUUUGAGCUUUCUAUAUUUACUUCAUAUUUUGAUGGAUUUGCAAUCUCAUCAAUGUGGAUUGUUAAAACAAUGACAUCAACAAACCACACACACCUUCUGAACCUUUGUAAUUCUUGAUUCUUGCCUUUUUUUUUUCUAUAACUGAACUCCCUCUCCAAUAUGCCAGAGGUCAUCCUCCAGAUCUUUGAAUAUCUGGUGGAAUGCAGUACAAUGUGUGGGUUUUCCAAUUACUAGAAUGAAAUUUCUUUGCAAAUAGGAACUGUUUCACUUUUAUGUGUUUAUUCCCAGAGCUUAGCAGUGUCUACUUCUAAGAAACACUUAAUGUGUUUUUGCAGAUUGAUUGGAUUCACCCAAACACACACACGCGUGCGUGCACGCAUGAAAAUACAUAAAUACACAGAUGUAUAACUUUUCCAUUAGUACCCUCCCUCCCCAUACAAGUUGUACCCACAUACACAACAUAUAUAUGCACACAUAUAUAAACAUAUGUACAAUUCUGCAUUAAUAUUAUCCCUCUACAUACAUGCUAUACAUAUGAACAUAUACAUAUAAACACAUACACAAUGUGGAAGAAAUUUGUAAACUAAUGCAAAUAACAGAGUAAUAUUUAGCUGUCAGAGAGAAAGAAGCUAUGGAAUUAUUUGAAAUACUAAAGUAAAAAUCCUUUUACAAUAGGAAAUAUUAAGAUUUCAGUCAAGAAAUGAUGAUUUCUGCAUAAAAUAAGUCAAAGUAGAAUCAAUUUACUUCUCUCAUAGAUAAUAAUUAAGUUGAGAAUUUAAGAAGAUACAGGUUAUUACUGAUAAAGCAGGACAAAACCUCAUGAAAAGAAAGUUAUAUCCCUACAAAUAUGCAUUAUCUAUAGGCAAUUGUGCCUAUAUCUUGUUCCCAUUGAAAGCAUUUUCUUUAAAAAAAUCAUUUUGAUUAGCAAUAAUUUUUAGCAAUACACAUUUCCUUCCUUAUUCUCAAAAAGAACAAGCUUUUCAAACAAGAUUGAAAUAGUUUAAAAACUAUAUAUAGAAACUCUAGUGACUACAUCUAUAUGACUGCAUUUUAAAAUCACUCAGAAUUUUAGAACUAGAGAGCACCUGUUAUAUAUUAAAAAGAAAAUUUUCUGUUUCUUAUUUUUCUCAUUAAGAAAUUGAACAAAGAACACAAAUAUUAACUGUUCAAGGGAAAAGGCACUAUGGUGGAAUUAAUAGAUUUCAGAAUCAGGACUGGGGUUCAAGUACCAUGUAUGACAUAAACUCUAUGACCUAUGAAAGUAGUGUACCCUCCAAGUUGUAGGAAAUUUUUAAAAAUGAUUUUCUUAAAAAUUGGUCAUUUGCAUUGAGAAAAGGAAAAUUUUCAACUCUAGUCAGCCUUACAUGAAGAGGAUUACUUUAUAUUUAAAAAUAUAUUUAUAUAUUAAAGAUGUACACAUGCAUAUAAACAAAUAUAUACAUACAUAUGUAAAUAUGUGUGUACAUAGGUAUAUGUGUGCACAUAUGGAGACACACAAACAUACAAAUUCAUGCAGUUUUCUCAACAAGAUCAUAGAAUAUUAAAAACUUAAAGAGAUCUUAGGAAUCACCAAGUCUAGCUAAUUUAUAUACAUAUAGAGGAAAUCAAAGACAACAUUGCAGGUUCAAAAAAGUAAUUAAUAGAAAAGGUAACACUUGCAACUAUUAUUUUUUCAACAAGAAUCUCUUCUUUUCUUGAAAGUCUAAUCAUUUGUCUAAUAAUCACACUUAGCCAUGAUUCAUAAAUUACAAUUUCUAAAAUCUGACCUAAAUCCCACCAUUCAGUUACCAAUGAGUAAGACAACCUAAAAGGGAUUAAACCCACUGUCCACUGGUUAAGAUUAAAAUGCCUAAAAGUUCAAAAGAAGGAAGAUCAUGAACAUUUUCCAGCUUCUUUUUAUCAUUAUAGGUUGGAUAAUCAGAAAGUUGCAGUUACUUCCCAACUUUCUUCCAGUUAUGUAUUAUCUAUCUUCAUAUUGAUGUUAUUUUGGAGAGAACAUCUAUGAUGCGCCUGUGAGGAAGAGACCAUAUGAUUCAGGGAGACCAUAUUAUUAUAAGCCUUCAUUAAUGGUUCAAAUAAAUAGGCAAGAAGAUGUCAAGGUCCUCUUUGCAUCAUAUCUGAGAUUCCCUAAGCAAUUUGAGAUUCCCUAUAAGAAAAUUCCUCCUGACUAUUCCAGAGUGAUUGGGAUGGAGAGAGUAGAGAGCACCCAAGAAUCUUCCCUAUUUUAUACUAUCUUUGCUGAACUUACUAUAAAGUCAGAGGUUUUGAUCUAAAACCACUAUCUAAUAUGUUGUUGAUCAUAGGCAAGUUACCAAAACUCUUUCUUUAUCUAUAAAACAUUUACCAACUCCACAGAAUUAGUAUUGUGUGUUUUAAAUACAAUGAUGUAUAUAAAACCUUUUUGAAAAAUUUAAAGCAGUAUAUAAAGGUCAUCAUUAUAAUUAUUAUUCUUUUCUCAUCCUUGUCUUUUUUCCUUUACAUGCCAUUGAAAUCAUAAUUAAAGAGAUUGAGUUUAUAUCUCCCAUGGUGCUAAUUCUCUUCAACAAGGAAUUUUUGAAUGGCACUGGUGGUAGUGAAUAAACUUUGUUCUUACAAUGCAUAUUAAGAAA